UAGUCGGUGUAAAUGUUAUCGAUCUUGGUCGUUACCGACUUAUCUUCUUACCCCAUAACAAACUUUAUCGUUUCUUUCGUUCCCUCUCGCUCGCAGUUGGUUAUCCUCUCGCCUCUGGUGGCCGCGACAGCGAGGGGUAUCCUCCGCCGAGUCUCCGACUCCCGCGCGCGGUCUCCCCCUCACCCACCCCGGCCAUUUCUACCGGUUUCUCUACGUCCUAUCUCUCUCAUCUCAGUCCGAAUCCGCCAAGGCCAAGCGCAUCGAGACCUUCUCCGCCGGACAAACCGCAAGAUCGACCUCGGCGAAUGCGGCUCCAUGAUCUUGGAUGCCCUCAUCAAGAUCAGGAACGAGACGGACCCCUCCGUCUCUUUCCGCCGGUCCUUCCGCGUGGGCGAACAUCGAUGGCUACAACGGCGUCGCCCGCCUCACCAAGAUCCUGUACUCGGCGGCAGUUGGUGAUCGUUGAUCCGGUCGUGGACAUAGUCACAGUUCAUUACAAGUGCGUGAAGCUGUGGAUCAAGAUGAAGCCCCGGUGCCCGGCAAAGGAAGGGGAUCUCGAAGGAUGGCGCGGAGCUGGUCGGGAUGUACGAGUGCGAGACCUACCUCGGGCCCGCAUGCCCUCCAGUAAUUUCUCAAUGUUGAGCGGAUUUCUUUCUUUCUCUUUCCUUCUUUUGCCCGAUGAAGCCCCACCGGCCACCCGCGGAAGGAGAUCUCCCAGGGCACGAAGGAACCGCGAGACCUACUGCAGAACCUUCUGUCCUAGCUAUGGAACCGUGAGACGUACCUCGGCCCCGCCGCUCUCCACGCCCGCAAGAAUCAGGAACGGACACCAACUCGUGGUAUAAAAUUUCUAUCGGGAAGUUGCUCUUUUAAGAGUUACAUUUCAACCAAGGAUCAUGUACUUGGACAAAUUUUACUGAAUAUUUUGAGGACUAAAUUUCCUUUAUGCUUACAGUUCAAAAUUAGGAAAGACAGGAAAGUAUGUGUUUAGAUAAGGAGUACAUUAUAUAGAUUUUUUGUUUGCA